AUGACGCGCCGAAGCAGCCCGCGGAAUGCGCGCGCGCUGCUGCUGCUGCUCCUGAGCGCUGCGAGCGUAGCGCACGCGCUGUACUUUGUCGUGAAAGAGAAAGAGGUGAAUCGCUGCUUUAUCGUCGACGUGCCGGCCCAGACGCCCAUUCGAGUUGAGUACGAGUCUCCGGAUACAACGGAUGUCAUGAAAGCGAUGCUCACCAUUCACUCUGCGGGUUUCGAGGACCCUAUCUUGGAAGAGCCGACUAGUCGCAAGGGCACAAAGUCGUUCACUACUCAGCAGAACGGUCUUUCUUGGGUCUGUGUCGCUCUGGAUUCGUCCAAGUAUGAGCUGCCGGAUGAUGUUUCGAUGCGGUUCACGUUGAAGCUGGUGAUAGGCACAAGCCAGGAGGAAUAUCAGAACCUCGCCAAGAAGAACCAAAUGGAUGAUCUUCACUUGAAGAUCCUGCAGCUGCGCGACCGUGUGACUGCUAUCCAGCGGAACCAGGACUAUGCCAAGGAAAAAAGCUUGGCGAUGCAAUCCUCCAUCGAAAGCAACAAUCAGCGUUCUAUGUGGGUCUCGCUGGUGCAGAUUGCGACCUUGCUUAUCACUGGCUUUUAUCAGGCAAAGCAUCUCAAAGCAUACCUUUACAAGAAGAAGCUCGUGUAG